UCUCUUCAGAGGAGAGAAGUGCAAGAAGGAGCGUCAGCACAGACAGGGAAGCGAAAGAGUUCAAGAGACAGAAAUCAAAACAAGAAGAAGAAGAAGAAAUCUCUCCUGUCGUUCUGGUCAUCAGAGCUCGGUUUGUCACACGACUCCAAAAAAGAGAGGGAAGAUGAAAACGGCAGGAUUACAGAGCUGCUGAAUGAGACUUCGACUCUGACAGCUACUGAACAUUACAGACUCCAGCUCUGAUUGGAAGCUUGUGUCAGAAUGACAGCAGAAGACUCCGCCUCUGCCGUCACCAUGAGUAACUCUAGCCCCUCCUCCAAAUCUAACCCUGCCAACAAUCACCCGAUCCUGCAUGGAUCCAUUCUAGAUGGUGUCGCUGGAGCUCCUAAUGAAGCAGCCCUGUUGGCUCUGAUGGAGCGCACGGGUUACAAGAUGAUUCAAGAGAACGGACAACGCAAAUAUGGUCCGCCCCCUGGCUGGCAAGGCCCGUCCCCUCCACGAGGCUGUGAGAUUUUCGUUGGCAAGAUUCCACGUGAUGUGUAUGAAGACGAGUUGGUGCCGGUGUUUGAGUCAGCUGGUAGGAUCUAUGAGAUGCGUCUGAUGAUGGACUUUGAUGGAAAAAACCGUGGCUAUGCCUUUGUCAUGUACACUCAGAAACACGAGGCGAAACAAGCUGUGAGGGAGCUAAACAACUACGAAGUGCGGCCUGGGCGAUUGUUGGGGGUCUGCUCAAGUGUGGACAACUGCCGGUUGUUUAUUGGUGGAAUUCCCAAGACCAAGAAGAGAGAAGAGAUUCUGGAGGAAGUCUCUAAAGUGACAGAAGGAGUGUUGGAUGUGAUUGUGUAUGCAAGUGCGGCGGACAAAAUGAAGAAUCGCGGCUUUGCCUUCGUCGAGUACGAGUCCCAUCGUGCGGCUGCCAUGGCCAGAAGGAAACUCAUGCCUGGGCGUAUUCAGCUCUGGGGUCACCAAAUUGCUGUCGACUGGGCGGAACCAGAAAUCGACGUUGAUGAGGACAUCAUGGAAACAGUGAAGAUCCUGUAUGUGCGCAACUUGAUGAUAGAGACCAGCGAGGAGACCCUCCGCAAGACCUUCAGCCAGUUCAACCCGGGCUGCGUGGAACGAGUGAAGAAGAUCCGUGACUACGCCUUCGUGCAUUUUACCAGCCGGGAUGAUGCAGUGGUGGCUAUGGACAACCUGAAUGGUACAGAAAUCGAGGGCUCAUGCAUUGAGGUGACGUUGGCCAAGCCUGUAGACAAGGAGCAGUACACCCGCUACCAGAAAGCAUCCAAGGGAACCGUGAGCAGUAGUGAAAGUACUCAGCAAAACUAUGUGUAUCAAUGUGAUCCCUACACCCUCGCCUACUACGGCUAUCCUUACAGCACUCUCAUUGGACCCAACCGAGACUACUUCAUCAAAGCAGGUACUGUACGAGGCCGUGGCCGUGCUGCAGCCGCUAACAGAGGCCCAGGGCCUCGUGGCUCAUACCUCGGUGGCUAUUCCGCCGGUCGAGGCAUUUACAGCCGCUACCAUGAAGGAAAGACCAAGGUGCCGGAAAAACCAUAUGAGCUCAUGCCCAGUCUGGAGCUGGCAGCUGUUAAUCCAGUGGGCAUUAAGCCUGGCACAAUGACUCUGCCAGCUCUUGGUGCGCAGUACCCCACUGUGUUUUCUGCUGCACCUGCUGCUACUAAACUGGUAGAGGAUGGGAAGAUUCACCAGGUGGAGCAUUUGAUCAAUCCCCUCGCCCUCCAGCACGAACAUUCCGCCGCUCCCUCGGCUGCUGCCGUCAUUCCUGCCGUCUCGACACCUCCACCCUUUCAGGGUCGUCCAAUCACUCCCGUGUACGCCGUGGCUCACAACGUCCAGCGGAUCCCUGCUGCUGCAGCCGCCGGUCUUUAUGGUGCAAGCUACGUGCCCAUUGCUGCUCACGCCAACACAGCCGCCCUGGCCGCGCUGCAGAAGAACGCAGCCGUGGCAGCUGCCGCGUACGGAGGUUACGCUGGCUACAUGCCCCAGACCUUCCCCGCUGCCACCUUUCAAGUGCCUAUCCAUGAUGUGUACCCCACCUACUGAGACGCCUUACACCUUUGUAAACACUCCAGACCACAGCAUGACAUCCAUGUGGGAUACAGUAAAGCAUCUGAUGUCUGAAAAAAAAAAAAACCCCGAAAAACUUUAAGCACAUAUAAAACAAAAGGUUUUCUAAACUAACCCACUAACUUAAAGAAAAAAAAAUUAUAAUGUCUUUUUGACUGCAUGUUAGAAGUAACAUUUUCACUCGGAUGCAAUUUACAAACUCUAAUAAUAAUAAUAAUGCCUCUUAAAGCUUUAAUUGUGUUCUGCGCACGAUUGUUUUGACCAAUUCUCAUCUUUAAAAACCUGUGUGCUCUAAUGCCCAAAAAUUGAACUAUAACAAAACCCGUGCUUAAUCCUUAAGCCUUCUUCAAUAUUUAUUAACCGUUAUGAAAACGUUACUAAAAUGUCACCACUUUCAACUUUCUUCCAUCUUUCAACUUAGACAUAAGAAAGACUAAAGACAUGCUGUUUGUGAUGACUACUUUUGUAAUGUAACUCCAAAUUCAUGAUAUAAUUUUUUUUUUUAAGAAUACAGGGACAUUACCAAGCUCUAUAUCUUUACCUGUCGGUAUGAACGAAUGUGUGUGUGUGUUCCCUGCCGAGCAAAGAGCGAACAAAGCGGUUGAAUGUAUAAACAACAUUAAAGCUUUAAGAAGCAUCGAUAGUACUUUUUUAAAAACACAAAUCCGGCGUUAAUAUAGAGACUAGACUUUUUAACUCCCAGACCUGCUGACUAGAGACAUAAACCUAUCAAAACGCACUGACCUUGAGUCACUUAACACUGACCCUGACUGUCUAGAACUACUGAUCCCAAUGCUAUACUCGGGUCAGUCAGGCAUGACUGCAGUGCAACUCGUUGCAUGAUUGAAUCUCCACGGACCAAGCACUCACUGACAAGACAUGGACUGGACCCACCAGUUGUUCUCAGCUAGUAUCAGUCCGCAUGCUACUUCCACCUGUUUCUCCUUCCUGAUCUCACUUCUGAUGCAGUCUCAUCUCAAGCUCUACAGUACGUCCCCUCGGACAAGACCCCCUCCCAGUCAAACGUGAGAGGUGACUAUUUCUACAGUAUGUGCUAAGCCCCCUUUUAAAAAAACAAAAAAGCAAAACAAAUUUACACUGAGUGCCUUAAGUGAUAACACUCCUAAGAUUACACCAGCAUUCAUUUAUGACAUCUCAAGUGUACGGUCGCUAGAUUAUUGUUGUAGAAUAUUAUUAUUAUUAUUAUUAUUUGCUUUUGCACUAAUUGAUCUAGACUGAUUAUUCUGCGUGCCUUAAGCACAAAGUCCCUUCGGUAUUUCUUUUCAAAAAGGAAAGCUUGUACAUGACAACUACCGUAUUGCUGUGAGAGUCCUCAAUGCAAACCUUUUCGUCUCUGAGGAUGUGAGGAACACUGAAGGAACAUUGCUGUAUGAACGUUCUUUACUAAACUGAAAUACAACAUGUUUGCUCUAAGGCCUUAAAUAAUUCACAGAAAAAAAAAAAACUAAAACAAAUAUAAGGAAAAAAAAUGCAAAACUGCUGAGCAGAGACCUGUGAAGGAUCAUUUUAUGGAUUUGUUUUGAUGUUUUAACACACAAACGGGAUUUCCGAGUUUGUUUUUGUUGUCUUUUUAGACGAUGUCUCCUAUUCUAACCACUAGGUUGCCUUAGUAAUAAGUAUAAAACCAACUAAUACUUUAAAAUCUUUUCAUUUGAUAUUAUGACUACUGUAUAUUGGUUUAUCUUUUAUUAUCAGUUUAUUAACAGUGGCAUGUUUGACGCCCGUCUAGUUCACUGUUAUUUGAAGGCUUCCAGAUGUUCUUUCCAGAUGUGCACGCACUUGACUUUUUGAUGUGUGAAUUUUAUUUUAUUUUAUUCGAAGCUGGAGACGAAGCCAAAAUAUGACACACACACACACACACACACACAAAAAGAAAGAAACGCGGGAUGAGAGACUAUAACUAGCCACCAUGUGUGUUUAAGCGCUCAUAGCCUUAAUACUGUAUACCACAUUCAAACUCUUAGCAACAAACUGCAAUACCUCCUUUAAACUAAAGUAUUUUUUGAACAUGAAGAUCCAACAACAGCAUUUAUUUAUUUGCAGGAUGACCAACAUGCCAUUUUGGAUUUGCAGGUUGGUUUUUCUGAAUGUAAAAUUAAGACUGAAGAACGUUUUUUGAUGUAUAUUUUUUAAAUAUAUACAGUAACUUUAAUCCGAUCAAGCCUUCCAAGGCCACACUUUAUCUGAUUGAUUUGACCUUUGAUUUUGAUUAACAAAUAUAUGAUGUAUAUUCGGCUGCUGGUGGUUAUUUUUCACAGGGCGUGAUUAUGAAGAAAGCUUUUUGAUAUUUAUUUCCUGGCUGCGGGAACUUAAGCUUAGAGGUGACUUACAGUAUGACAUGACACAGAAAAACAAACUGAUGUCACUGGAGUCGAUGUAGCAUGUACAACCUAUUAGCUUGUGUCACUUUAUGUGAUUUAUAUUAUUGAUUUUUUUCAUUUAUUCCUCCCAAGUACUUAAGCGCAGGCUAGGUUUUAAACACGAUGUUCUACAACAUAGAAAUUUGUUUGUUUGUAGAUACAUAAUAGGUGUUCAAGUCAAACCGAUUGAAAAAAAAACAGAAGGCCGUACAUCCAGGAAUGACGAUCCUGUCCAGACGUGGCCAAAGCAGGAAGUUUGAACAUGGCUCUGGCAUAGAUGGUGUCCAAGCACUAGUGAAAAACUAGCAUAAGUGCAUAUACAGUAGCGGUGGGUUAUAUAAAGAAAUAAAGCUAGUUUUCACUUUUAUCCCUGUUUGACUUGAACAACCCUUGUAUUUCAAUUAGCUUUCUUAUAGUUCAGCCUUUUAUAUAUAUAUAUAUAUAUCCAUUACAUAUACAUUACUGCACAGUGAAAUUAUUUGUUCUUCGCAUAUCCAGGUUUUUGUUGGUAGGCUGGGGUCAGCCAUUAUUUGGAGAGGACAGGGUUAAGGGCCUUGCUCAAGGGCCCAACAGCGGCAACCUGGCGGAGCCGGGGCUCGAACCUCCGCCCUUCCGAUCAAUAGCUUAGCAAGUUAUUUUGCAGUAGUCCAUUUAUGCUCCACAACAGCCUCUGCUAGAAUUCUCUCGGUUCUUCGGAAAAUGCCAGGGAGAAUUUAGUCGCUCUGUGAUUAAUAAAACCUUCAGCGGAACCAGACUUAAAAGGGAAUCAGUCCUGCUCCGGAUUACAGUAUACUGUACAGCACCGAGUGUGAUCUUGUAAGGCAGGCAUGAGACAAUCUUCAUGAAUACAACAGCAGUGUUCUAACCGGAUCAUUUUGAUAAGCUUUCUAUUGAUUGUGUCGUUCUGGUGGAUUUUUUUUUUGUUUCUACCCAAUAAUGCAGUUAGCUUUCGGAGAGUCGCACGCUUUUUAGAUCCGACCCUAAAGUUGUUGAGGUUUUAUCCAGGCUUUUUCAUCACGAGAUGAAGGCGUGAGUGUACAGUACGUGUUAUUUCUUUUGGAAAAGUUUCCACGGCUCUGUGAUGUAGAUGUCAGUGCCUUGAUCUAACAGAAGCUCAUCCUUGAAGUGUGCACAGAGGUCGUGACCUUGUCUGGUUAUACUGUAACAACAAAGUGUGUUAUAUCGUUAACAAAUAUCUCCUUUAUCUGGCUUUCUCUUUCCAUACUAAAGGUGAAGGAUUCCCAUGAUCCUGUCAUGGUUUUAAAGGUGUUUUUUGUUUUCUUUUUGUUUUAGCUUAUUAUUAUUAAUAUUGUUAAUAUUGUUGUUAUUUUUAUCAUGACAGAUGUGUUUUUUUUCUUUGUGUAACCUGUGUGUUAAGACUGAGGCAUAUUGGCAACUCAUAAAUCCUUACACACACACACACACACACACACACACUAAUGAUGUUGCCCUUGUGUGUAUUUGUAUGUAUUUUUCCAUAUAUCAUUGUGUGUGUGUGUGUGUGUGUGUGUGUGUGUGUAACCUCCCUUUUCCACAUGCUUGUUAGAAUCUUUUAUCUUGACCGAAACCAUCAGGAUAUAUUUAAUAUAUACAAUGCAUUAUAUUUGUGUAUGAAGUAAGAAGAAAUCCUAUAAUAUAUUUGAAGUGAAUGUUUUUCUUUCUUUAUAUGCAACUUAUUUUUUUCCAAACUUUUUUUUGCCAAAGUGUUCUCUAGUAUAAAUUGUUAGUCUUAAAAAAGGAAAAAAAAACAACAAUAAAAAAGAACUGUUUUUUAAACUUUUUUUUCUUUCUUUUUUUUUUUUUUUUUUUUUUGCUAAUAUAUUAGAUACAGCUGGCCAGUUUUAACUGAACGUGGACCCAAAGGUGUCACACCUUCAAGUUGCUUUGUAUCACGAUCAUUUCAUUAACACUAAGUAGUUUUUUUAAGUGUUGUUGUUGCUGUUGUUGUUGUUGUUGGCUAAAUGAAACGAACAAGACAUCUAAGAUGGUUGAAGAAUUAUCUUCAGAGAUAUCCCUUUAUGGAGUUCUUUUCUAUCACACUGUAUUUUUAAUAGACCUUGCAUUAUUGUAGGAUAUUUAUAGUGGUUUAGCAUUUGAAUAAAGCAUUUUCAAAAAGAGAACCGAA